AUGCCUACCACGCAAGGCUUCGAAUUCCUUGUUGAAGGUGUCGACGGUGUGCCAUUUGCCACAUACGGGACCAGAUCUUUGGGUCGAAGCAUCGUUUCCACCAAAAUCCAAGCCAAAACCGGUGUGAGCUUUCAAAUUCGGGUCAAACCGCAAAUCCCCUUCCCCACACCAAACGAUGCACCCCUUGGCCAGAGCAGGUAUAAUCUGAGACCCUCGACACGAAGAGCUGAGUUGACGAACGGCAGGAACGUGGGCAACCUCGAGUCACCAAGCGCCUCGGCAGGUCCAAAAGCUUCAUUCCUCUAUGUCGCUUUCGUGUAUAUAGACGGCAACAAGAAGGCCGAGUGCUCGAACGUUGUCGUGGUGAAUCCUGAGAGCCGCAAAUACAGUGAAAAGGGUAGCUUGCUUCCAGGACGAUAUUCUCUGCUUGACGAUACUGCAACUCAGAAUAGGUCGGACCAAGGCGAGCGGGCACAUAUGUCGAUCUGUCCAUGGGUUUUUACAGAGAGGGGGAUCGAUGUUCUUAUGAGCCGCAUGGACAUCUCAACAGCAGACCCUGACAUCCCAGCCACGGCCAUGGAGCAAGAAUUGGUGGACCUCACACACGCAAUGGACAAGGAUAAACUAGGAGAAGCCGACCAAUUCAAGCGAGGAGAGAUCGAGGUUAAGAUCAUCAGAGUCGUGGAAGAUUACGUAGCGGGCUCCGAGCUGUACUGGAAGAGAGGAAACCAGGAGACUCCUAAAGGUGACGACGGUCAAACACACGAUGUCACGGUCGAUCGGGGGCAAGAGCAACAAAUCCACAUGCACACCGUCAAAUACCGUCGGUACCGACGUGACGAGGCGUUUUGGUGCAAAGCCGUCUUCCAGUACAUGGACAUCGCCAAGCUCGUGAACCUCGGAUUAUGCAACCCACACGGCGGACUGGUCGAGCGUUCCCAAGGAAAUACCAUCGGCAGCUCCCUGCAAUCAUUGUCCAGUCUUCAUCAUCAACCAAUGCCUGGCCAAUUGAAGCGUACGAGGGGUGGCGGGCAAGAGUCGGGCAAGCAUGGCGAGUCUGAGCUUGACAGGUCCUCGUCAAGCGAAGACUCGGCCUCAACCACAACCAGCGACUCUGACGUGCCUCAUCGAAAGCGUCGUGGACCAAUAAGAAGACGCGGAGCUAAGGCAUCGAACAAGAAGAUGACAAUGGGGGAGACUCGUCGAGGGACAGCACGCGCAUCAGCAGGCAUUCAAGAGCCAGGAGUUGGAGCGGCCAACAGACAAUUGCAGCUUGAGAAGGCAGCUGGGGGGCAGGACUAA